AUGACGAUGCUUCUUUCCCCUGCUCACGGCGGACAGCCCGGGGUAAUGGAGGUACCCUGGCCGUCGCCUUGUUCCGAUGGCUUCCUUUUCAUCCAGUCACAUAAACACGAAGCAGAGCCGUUUCCGACCCCUCCUCCUAUUUGCCCGAAUUUACGAAGCCGUCUUCGUGUGACCCCCCCGCUCCCCAGUCAUAGCAAAAUCGUAUAG